CCGUGCAACUGUGUAUGAAGACUUGUUUAGGCGACUUUAGUUGUUAUAUAUGUACAUUAUUUUUUGCCUUUUGAAAAUUCUUAAGUUGAAAAAAACAAAAGGAAAUCCAACAUUUUGACUAACAGUACAGAAUCAUAUAUUUACACACUUCAACAGUAGAAAAUAACAUAUAUGAAGGCUAAUAGGAUCAGACAUUGAUGGAAUUAAUUGUGAUGCUGAAAGGAUGUGAUUCAUAAGCUCUAUAACCAUGUAUAGAAAAUGAGUUGUCCAGAUUUAUCAGACAUCACAGCCAGUGAAGAUUCACUUACAACCAAGCAAACAGUGGAAAGAAAAUCUUCAGAUGAAAUGAAGGAAUUUCCUACACAAUUGUCUCUAAAGUCACCUGUACUGAUAUUUCAAAAUGGGAGGCAGAAACUUGAUACAAACAAGCUUUUGUUUCGUUGUGAGCCAAACAGCUUGUCAAAUAUCUAUGCCCUUGCUCAAGCAAAUCUGGUUCAGCAAACACAACAUGAUAUAAUGAGAAUGUUUUCUGUAGAUGUUUCUGAUCAGCUUCCAGCUAUGGAAAUUGAACCCAUGGUCAGUGGAAAAAAAGAUUCUGUGACCGUUAAACUAGUUAAUGAGCGUCAGCACAUAUGUGACAUAAAGGGUUGUGGUAGGUCAUUUGCUUCAUCGGGUUAUUUAAAAAACCAUCAGUUAAUACAUGAGAAGGAGAAAGAAUUAGAAUGCCAUUAUGAAGGGUGUGGAAGGAAAUUUUCUUGGCCAGCUCAUCUAAAGUACCAUUUAUUAACCCAUCAAAAAACCAGAAACUUUAAGUGCCCAGGAGAAGGUUGCGAUAAAUCCUUUGUUACAGCUCAGCAACUAAAAGUGCAUUCUCGUACACAUACAGGUGAAAAACCUUUUCAAUGUGACCAUUGCAAGAAAGCAUUUACUACUGCAGGGAAUCUAAGAAAUCAUAUACGUACACAUACAGGAGAUAAACCAUAUGGAUGUCCAGAUCCAAAAUGUGACCUGAGAUUUGCAGAAUAUUCCAGUCUUAAGAAGCAUUCGUUAGUACAUACAGGAGAGAAACCUUUUAGGUGCAAAUUUUGCAAUAGGAGUUUUACACAAAGUGGCAGUAUGAGAGUACAUAUGAAGAAACAUUCAUCCAACCUCAAGGAUUCCAGUGUAAAUAAAGAGACAGAUUUUAAUGUUGUGAUGAUGGAAGAAGAUCUUGCAGAAAAUAGUUUAGAUUAUCAGGUAGUAUUUCCAGACAGUGUUACUGACCAAGUGAUAACCGUUACCACAGAACAAAACACUAAUAUAUCUAAUGAACUGUUAGUCGUUGAAGAUUUAGUUACCAAGGAAACAAGAGUACAUCAGGAAACAUCAUGUGCUGCUAAUGUUGUAGUUGUUCCCCUUCCACAAUUACCAGUUACUAUGACAACCAGUUACCAACAUACAAACACACCAGAAGAGACUGUAUAUGACACUGAUUUUUUACAUUCAGAUUUUAGCCAUGGAGAAAUUACCUGUGAUAGAAUGUUAAAUGAACAAAAGACAAUUAGCAACUCAUAAAUUAGGAUUCUACUUUUGUAUCUAAUGGAAUAGAUUUUCCAACUGAAAUAGUUAAGUAAUUGAAAAUGUAACUAUCAAAGGUGGAAAAUAUUAUAUCUUAACUGAUUGAAGUUGUAAUUUGUUCUCUCAUAAUAGUUUUUGAGAUGAUUUAUUCUGAAGAAUUUACACAAAUUGAAAUAAAUUUAAAUAAAUGCAAAUACAUGUAUGUUAUUCAUGGAAGUUGUGUAUGUAUGAUAUGUAAUUUAUUUUCGUUUUCAAAUAAAACGGUUAUGUAUUUUA